AUGGAGUGCUGCGUUGCUACUGACGACGAACAAUCGGACUUCUUCCCCGUUACGUGCGGGGUGAAGCAAGGUUGCGUCCUAGCACCCACUCUGUUAGCGUUGUAUUUUUCGGUCGUAGUCCAAGAAGUCUUACUCACAUGCUCUGAAGGUGUUCGCGUCCGCUAUCGCACUGACGGCAACAUUUUCAACCUGGCCAGGUUUAAAGCACGCACAAAAGUCUCAUACUCAGUGAUCACAGAGAUCAUGUAUGCAGAUGACUUGUGCUUUGUGACUGAGUCCCCGGAAGGCAUGCAACAGCUCAUGUCCAGCUUCGACGAGUCCUGUCGCAGAUUUGGGCUCAAGAUCAGUGUCAAGAAGACUGAGGUGAUGUCGCUGGACGUUGUCAGUCAACAGGCACUGGUCGUUAGACACGGCGAGGACCAGCUGAAGCAGAUGGACAAGUUCCGUUACCUGGGGAGCACCUUAACAUCCAAGUGCGACCUUGAUGCUGAAAUUAACGGCUGCAGCUUUUGGCAAGUUAGACCACAAGGUCCUCAGCUCGCACGAUUAAAACUGGCCACUAAGAUAUCCGUUUAUAUGGCAGUCGUGCUGCCCAACCUUCUAUACUCCACUGAGACGUGGACCGUUUAUCGCCGCCAUAUCUGCACGCUGGAUCGAUUCCACCUCAGAUGCCUACGCAAGAUACUGAAGAUCCGAUGGUCUGAUCGUGUUCGGAAUACCGAAGUGCUGCGUGGAGCAAAUGUGGGUGGUAUCGAGGUAUACCUCAUGCGACGUCAGCUUCGGUGGUGCGGUCACGUUUCGCGGAUGAACGACCAGCGUGUGGCUAAGCGCAUCUUUUAUUCCGAGCUUGAGGAGGGCAAGCGGAAACAGGGCGGCCAAUUCCUCAGGUACAAAGAUGUGCUUAAGCGGCACAUGAAAAAGUGUCGUAUAGAACCCUCGCGAUGGGAGCAGCAGGCAGCCAUACGGACGGAAUGGCGGGCAGCAAUAAAUGCCAACGUAACUGAUUUUGAAUCGCGACGGCGCUUAGAGCUGGAUGCCAAGCGCGAUGAAGUAAACGCCAGACCAGCUGCGGCAAUACAUUAUAAUUACUCAAAUGGUGUGCUCACAUGCCCGCAAUGUUCGCGAACUUUUAUAUUUGUGUGCGAUGUAUAUUUGACAAAUUAA